ACAGGCUACGCGAAAUGUCAGGCAGCCAUUGUCAAAAGCAUUUUUCCUAUCGGUGUCGCGUCAAGCUUCAAUGAUGCAAUCGUAAGACAUUGACUACGAUGCCGUUACGCAGUCCGUUCGUUGCAAAACUCGCAAGACUCGGUUCAACAACCAUGCGCUAAGAAUAUAGGCGCUACUUGUACUUGGUCGGUCCUAAGAAUCGACUCUUCCAGAUGUAAUAAUAUAAUUUAUAAAUAGAACAUAAGCGUGGAACAUGGAACGCUAAACGGUAUAUUAUAUUGUCAGUUAAGUCACGAUUUAUAUAGAAAGUUCGUUAUUAAAAGGACAAAUCAUUUGGACGAAGAAAAAUCGAUACUUUUAUCGCAAUCAUAUACGUGAAAUUCUUUUUAGCUACGUACAUUUUUUCGUUCGAGUUGCAUACAUAGUAAUAGUACGAUAAAACGUUCGAUCAAAACGAAAGCUCGUAUAAAAAUAUAAAAAGAAAAAAAAAAAAAAGAGAAAGAAACUCGUUUAUCUAUCGAACGUUUGACACGUAUCGUCGUUCGACUUUUCAUACUUCGUCUCGUAGUCUCAGUUAUAUGGGAGCACCGUUAGCUCAAACUCUCGACUGUUUCGAAAUAUGCGUUAAAAACGUGAAAGGAAUGUACGCGUGGCACUGUUUUAACGGCCGGAGCGCGCGAGCGUGCGAGCUUUCUUGGAAAUUGAACUUACGACCGGGUCGUCGAUCAUACCGGUGCUGAUCUCACACGCACAUCUGUAACAUCGAGCGUGCCGUAUACGUCGAAACUCGGAGAAAUUCGCUCGCAUCUCGACUACUACUCUACGACUGUUACGACGAUGACAACGAAAACGAAAACGACGAAGACGAAGAAGACGAAGAAGAAGAAGACGAAGACGAUUACGACGAUACCAGCGACGAUUUCUAUACGCUUCUUAACAUGGCAUAUAGAAAGCUGUUUCGUCGAAGAUCAGGAUACUUUGUAAACGAACCGCACGCUCGAUGUCAUUGAUCGCGUUGAUGUUAGAGAGACGGAGGAAAGCGUUUGCCGGGUCAUUAAUCGAGUAGCAGCAGCAACAGAGCAGCAGCAACAGUAGUAGCAGCAGCAGCAGCAGCAGCAGCAACAGCAGCAACCGCGUGUAUGUAUGUACACAUUCGUGCGUGUACCACGCGCCACGAUACUUCGCGUUUAGCAUUAACGGUUGUUUCUUUCCAUGCGACACGAGAGAAAGAGGCUCGCCUUGGUAUACUCGACGAGGCUUCUUCCAGUGUCGGUGCUGACUUUAAAAGGGAAAGAUAUAAACGUUUCCGGUCUAUGCCCAAAGCGAACAUCUGUUUUCUUUGUCGUAACUGCAACGAAAUGAAACGAAACGAAACGAAGAAGUUCGAUCUAUCUAACUCAUAGUCCACGUGCUAAUUCCGGCUUAAUAUUUACGAGAUAGUGAUAUUAAUAAGAAGAGAAUAGGAAAGUAAAUAAAGGAAGAAUUUUUCGACGAACGGCCCUGACGAAGAAAAGGAAAGGACGUCCUCGAGGAAAACGGUGAAAAGAAAACAAAAUAAAAUUAAGUACGAAUCUCGGCCGCAUUCCUUUCCAUAAACCAAUAAGAGAAAUGGGAUCUUGAGAAGAGUCAAAACGCAACGGCAUCGAUUCGAUCUGUUACCAAAAGGAUUUCUUUAUUUCGACGAGAGGAAAUAAAGAGGAAGAACGAAAAGGAGAAUAAGGUGUUUUUGGUGCAGUGCGAAUCGGAUUAAAAAUCGUAUGCUUAAGUGAGGUGAUCGAAGAAAAAGGAAAUAAAGGAAUAAAAUUCGACGCGAUGACGUUUAUGGUUUUGGGCGCGGAAAACAACGCCGUUUCAGGGGAACGUUGACAAAUCGAACGAAUCAAGAGAAGGAUAAGAAGAAGUGAACGAUUUUCAAAGAUGACCGUCACGAUGGAGCACAAGAGGAAGAGCUCGUGGGAUUCAAAGAAAUUUCACAGCGUUCUUCACGAUCAUCCGCAGAUCUCGGUGAGCACAGUAAGCACGAGAAGAUUCAGUCGCGCUGGUACGCCAAGCUCGAUCCUAUCCUCGGACAGCGACAUCAGGUUCACCAGGAAGCUCGGUGGUCAAUAUCGAUGCGGUUGCUGCGUCCUGGCCGCCUUUUUACUCUUCCUUCUUUUUUCCGGCGUUUCCAUAUAUCUCGGCUACACGUUCCUAACAUCGGACUCACCGGGAGAUCAAAUAUUCUUGGCGACAUUUCGUGUUACCGAGGGAGAUUACUUUGCAUCGGAACUCGCAGAUCCCUCUACCGAGGCCUUUCGCAUACGAUCACGAGAAUAUCGCGAUCGGAUCAAUCUUAUUUUCCGACGUAGUUGGCUCAAACUUUCCUUUCUCGCUUCGGACGUCUUAGCACUCGACGGUGUGGAAGGUCGUGACUUGGUGGUUCAUUUCGACGUCAGAUUUGAUCCACGAUAUCAAACCAUCACUACCAGCGACAUCGUUGAUAUUCUAUCGCGCGAGAUCGAUCCGACUAGCUCGAAAUACUUGUCGAAUCUAACGAUAGACGCCAAGAGUCUCGAGGUUCAAGAAAGUUUAACGGCUUUAAAUGCACAAGUCAGCUUACAAACAACAAUCUCGACUAUUCCACCUACAACGACUGCACCACCCCCAAGAAGAUGCAGUCUUCUCGAAUUAUCUUAUUGCAAACAUCUUCCAUACAAUGUCACUUCCUAUCCGAAUAUGUUGGGACAUCGUUCAUUGAUCGACGUGGAAGAAGACGUUAUUGCAUUUAGGGAAUUGGUAGAUGCCGAAUGUUAUCGUUCGGCAUACGAUUUCGUCUGUCAAGUUUUACAACCAGCCUGUUUGUCCGGCGAACCCGAAGAUCUAUUGCAAUUACCCUGUAGGAGUUUUUGCAGAGAAUUUUGGAACGGCUGCGGAAAUAGACUUUCGGAUAGGAUCAAACGAGCUUUGGAUUGUUCCAAUUUCCCGGAAUACGCGGAUGUUGGUAGUUGCAGACCAAAGCCAGGAUGCGUACAGACGCUUCAAUCGAAGGCCUUGUCGCCAAGGAUUUGUGACGGUAUAAUUGAUUGUCCGGAUCUAGCUGAUGAAAAAAAUUGUGCCUACUGUCGCGACGGAUAUAUGCAUUGCGGAGUUGGAAGAACUUGCAUUCCGUAUAUCAAACGAUGCGAUGGAAAAAUAGAUUGUCCAAAUGGAAGCGACGAGAAGGAUUGUCUAUCAUUAGCGCAAAGUGUAAGAGCUGUUAAAUCUCAGCCAUGGGACACGCCACAUGCCGCGAAGUACAACAGCGAGGGUUACGUUGUUUUUAACGAGAAAGGUACAAUCGGUAAACUCUGUACCGAGAAUUUGAAUGCUACUAUGCCGGCCACGGAAAUGGAAACCGUUCUUCAGACUGUAGCGAAUUCUCUUUGCACUUUAUUAACUUAUACAGGUGUUAAAUCUGUCGAAGUGAGGAUCGAUGAAGAGGAAGAUGUUCAAUACGUUCAUAUGGAAGAUCCAUCGGCUACAGAGAUCACGUUUGUAAGAGCACCUUGUCCAAGCAAAGACGUUAUGUAUAUUCGCUGUUCUGAACUUGAAUGCGGCGUACAGCCUUUACGAAAUAAAGGUAAACAGGGUCUUAGUAAAAUGGCAGAACCUGGCGAUUGGCCUUGGCAUGCAGCACUUUUUAAAGAAGAGGUUCAUGUUUGCGAUGCUACGUUGAUUGCUGAAAGUUGGUUACUCACGACUGCUUCUUGUUUCCAAGGACAACCAAAGGCAGAAUGGUCUGCUAGAUUAGGCACAGUACGUCUUUCGAGUACGUCACCGUGGCAGCAGGAACGUAGAAUCGUAGGAAUGAUAAAAUCCCCUGUAGAGGGAAGUACGACUGUUCUAUUAAAAUUAGACCGUCCUGUUACGACUUAUUCGGAUUUUGUUAGGCCAGUUUGUUUGCCUUCUGCUCAAGAUCCACCAUCGACCAAUGCAUCUCAAUGCAAUACUUUGGGUUGGGCCAGAAAUCGCGACAUGCUGCAAAGAGUACAACUGAGGCAUAGUGCGAUGGAAAGAUGCGAAAAUAUAAGCAUCGCGUCGGUCAACGGUGUUUGUACCGAGCCAGCAUAUUCGGUGGAUGAUUGCAACGAGGAAGAAGUCGCUGGUAGUCCGAUGCUUUGUCUUCAAGCUGGCGGUCAAACAUGGGCAUUAACUGGAGUUGGUAGUUGGCGAAUAGCUUGUUCUAAAGCAGGCAUUGAAAGACCUAGAUUGUACGAUCAAAUAUCCUCCAAUAUCGCUUGGAUAAAAUCGACGAUUAGUUAAAUAUUCGCAAUCGUUCGAGAGAAAAAAAAACAUCGAUAUCCUAUUCGAUAUAUUUUUGACAGAAAGAAAAGUCAUUUUAAAUUAACGAACGUGUACUGAAAUGAAAAUUGUGAUAAAUACUUACAAUCAACGACGAUCGUAUGUAUAUUAUUUUCUUUUGCAUAAUUCGAACGUUUUUACUUUUCAUUCGUCAUUCUUUUUUCGUAUCGUCAUCGAUCGAGCAAACAUCGCUAUUGCCAUUAGAUCAUAACUUCCUAAACGUACAUAGUGAUAUACGUAGUGAUAUUAUUUAGUGUUAUUCCUCCUUUAGUAAAAGCUAUUGCAAAUUAAACAUACUCCGUACGAUUGUAAAUAAAACUACGGUAUUAUAUUGUCUUUUCAAAUAAAUCUUCACAAAUGAUUCUCGUUUAACGCGGCAUAAUUAAUCUUAGUUUAUUUUAUCAAAGAAAAUUGUAUUCACUAUAUUUGUAAUAAGUAAAUACAAUGUCGGUGCCAGACCGACGUUGACAGAUUAAGUUACGUUCUCAAACCAAAUGGAAUUCUGACUAAAUUCAACGAAUUCCAAACAUCAUCCUUUUUUUUCACCAUAAUAAUUUAAACAUACACAUGGUUGUCUAUGGAGGAACAGUAUUCGCUAAAUUGUUAUUUUCGUUAAAUAUAAUUAUAUUCUAUUCAAUCGUUUCUCGAAUAUAUGUUCUUAUAUCUUU